CAUCCCUAUGUUUAUCUCAUCUGUAACUAUACAUGAAGUUGAGUUCUCUAUGGAACUUGAGGAGAAGAGAAGGAAGAAAUCUAGGUGUAGCAAAAUAAGUUCCUCAAUUUGUUGUUAUCAUUUGUGUAUCCUAACACUUAAGUUUUGGACUUGAGAUACAUGACAAAUUAUACUGUAACAAUAUUUUCUUUUUACAUGUACUUCAAGACUUGUAACAUUGACUACUUCGACUGCUCUGUGUACAAGCGACUCAGGUCAAGGGGAGUCUUUGGCAAGUUCAAGAACAACCAGAAAUCUCAAAAGGACAUACCGCAAAGUGACAUUGUUUUCUUGCCUGUUCUCCAAGCUCACCACUGGGGUCUUCUGGUAUUCUACCCAAAGAAGAAGAUUGUGAUUCUCCUAGACUCUCUCCAGUCAGCUGGCUGUAUCAACAAGGAGACAGCAUUCCAAAGAGCAAAGCGCUUGUUGACCUUUUACUUUCCACCAAGUGAGCUGAACUGGGAGUCAUGGAACUUCUACAUGCCCCCUGCUGAUAUGGCAGUAAGUAACUUUCGCAAGUGGAUGGUGCUCGAGCUAUGCAGUGGAUCAUUGAGGACAAAUCGUAUUAAGAUUUUACCAGAGGAGGAUAUACCAACAAGGAGGCAAAAGGACAAAGUGACAACCAGAAAGAGGCCCCAUAGAUCCCCUCCGCCACUACCAAAGGAAAGGUAUCUUCGUCUUGCUAGCUUGAUUACCGAGGGAAUGUUCCUGAAUAGUUCUGAUUCUGGAGUUGAUGCUGAUGUCAGCAGCAAUACUUUAUCCUCUGAAGACAGUGAAACAUCGUUCCAGUCCCAACAAUUGACUUCUACACCAAAAAAGACAUCAAGAACAAAGCCAAAGAAAGGAUCAAGCUGA